AACGAUACACACUAAACAGUGUUCAGCAAAUGUAUACACAAAGACUUGUCUCUUCCAGCGCUGAUCGAUUGUCUGUGUUCUACAAAAAGCCACAAUGACGUCUUUCCAGGGAAAAGUAGCGCUCAUCACAGGGGCGACUUCUGGCAUUGGGCAGGCCACGGCCAGACGGCUAGCAUCAGCGGGUUGCCUGCUCGCGAUGACCGGUAAAGAUCAGGACGAACUGAUGGAGUUAGCUCGACAGUGCCAAAGACUGGGUGCUUCAGAACAACAGAUUUUGCUCCUUGCCGGUGACUUGACAGAGGACAAAAAUAUAGAGGAAGUUGUGGCCAGAACGGUGGAGAAAUUCUGCAAACUAGAUAUUCUGGUGCAUAAUCUCAGCUGGGGCGGCAUACUUGGUGACAAGAACAAGGCGCCGUCCGAACUGUACGAUGAGGCGAUGAGACUAAAUGUAAGAUCCUUGUUCUACCUGACCAAGCUAUCGGCACCGCACCUCAUUGCCACAAAAGGCUGCAUUGUUAUCAACUACAAUGUUCCAAGUUUCACAUCGAGCACGGAUAAGAUAGUCUACAGCAUGGCAAAACUGGCGCUAGACCAAUUUAUGCGAAGCAUUUCUGUUGAUCUCGCUCCUAAGGGAGUCCGCGUAAAUUCCGUCAACCCUGGUGCAAUUGUGGAUUUAGGGACAUUUAUGAAUGGCCACGGACCAUCUAAAGUGAAGCAAAGCGGCAAGGGGGAGCACCCCCUGGGCAAACACAGCAAAGACAAGGAGGCAGCUGCAGCCAUUGGCUUCCUGGCAUCACAUGACGCGGCAAUGAUCACGGGGGAGCUCCUCACCAUUGACAGCGGGAGACACAUCAGGCCGGGAGCGCCAAAAGACUGACCAAUUCACUCUUAAGCCUAUUGCAUAAAUUAUUUUGUUUGGCCUUCAAGGUUAUUUACAGAGCAAUGGAUAGCUGUAGAGAGUAAAAUUGCGGACACUACAAAUGUCUAAAAUGUUAAAAAUACAGUACAAAAUUUGAAUGAGCACAUUUGUAUUUUGUAAAAAAGAAGAAAGUAAAUUGACGUAAAAAU